CUAUAUAACGGCCAUAUUGGCUGCUGCAUGCAUUUUUCAUCAGCACAGAGUAACGACUAACGACUCUCUCAAGAAAAAGAUACGGUAAAUCAAUGGAUUCAUUUUCUUCUUUCUUCGAUUCGCCAUCUUCCUCUCGAAACCGAUGGAGUUAUGAUUCGCUCAAGAAUUUCCGCCAGAUUUCUCCCGUUGUUCAAACACAUCUUAAAAAGGUGUAUCUUUCUCUAUGUUGCGCAUUGUUGGCAUCGGCAGUUGGGGUUUAUCUCCACAUUCUUUGGAACGUGGGCGGUAUUCUGACCAAUCUUGGAUGGCUGGGCUGCGGCUUUUGGUUGCUAGCUACUCCUUUUCACCAAGAGCAAAAGAAAAACUCCCUUCUCAUGGCAGCAGCGCUCCUCAAAGGAGUCUCGUGCGGUCCUUUGGUUCAACUGGCCAUAGAACUUGACCCAAGCAUUGUGGUUGGUACUUUCAUUGGUUGUUCUCUGGUCUAUGGUUUUUUUUAUGAAGCUGCAAUGCUUGCUAGGCGUAGAGAGUACUUGUACCUUGGUGGUCUUCUUUCUUCUGGUCUCUCCAUCCUACUUUGGCUGCGCUUUACAUCCUCAAUUUUUCGUGGUUCCAUGGCUCUAUUCAAAUUUGAGUUGUAUUUGGGACUCUUGGCGGUUGUGGGCUGCAUAGUCGUUGAUACCCAGGAUAUUAUUGAGAAAGCACGCUUGGGAGACCUGAACUACGUGAAUCAUGCUCUAACCUUGUUUGGUGAUUUCUAUGACGUGUUUGUACGAGUUCAAAUUAUCAUGUUGAAGAACACGUCUGAGAAGGAAGGAAAGAGGAAAGAAGAAAAAGAAGAAGAGGAACUGAGUCACCCCAGCUUGAAAUUACAGAGAAGCUGAACAGAGUUCGUCUUGGAAAAUAAAUCUUGUGUAUAAAACAUGGUGUUUGCGUAAUGGUACGAUAUGAGUUAGUAAAGUUGUCGAGUACAUUGAAAUUUUGAUGAUGGCGCAUGUUUGCAUGUGAAGAAGCCCGAUGGCUCUCAUCUUUUUCACUACUUGCUUUAUUUGAAUCUAUCAAAAGCUGGUUCCAACUGGUUUCUUA